AUGUCGUCUCCAUCUCUGCCUACGGCGACACCAACUGCAUUCCGCUGCUCAUCCAGCACCGGCGUCGCUCUCAACCACAUCCCCGCCGAUAAUCACGUUCAAAUACGGACUUGUGUGAAAGAUGCGAGCAACAAGAAAAUCUUAGUGGACAUGCUGCCGGCAAUAGACAAUCUCGUCCCAGCUAAUUACUUGCUCGUAUCCGGUGAUAGAGACUUCUCCAACGCGCUUCACCAACUCAGCAUAAGAAGGUACAACAUUCUCCUCGCGCAUCCGCCUCAAGUUUCUCCCUCCCUCUUCGCCGCCGCCAAAGUCGUUUGGCUCUGGACAACCCUCUCCGCCGGCAGUGGCCCUCUCCACUUUGCUGAUUCUGACUCUGCCUCUGCCACUGUUAAACCCACCCCUCUCCCUGAACCACCUAUUCAUUUCAAAUCCAAAACUAAAUACAUAAGAAAAAGUACUACGAAACCCCCAAUUCCGCCUCUUCAAAUACCUGACGAGAGUGAGAGUACCAACAAUGAUUCCCUAAUACGGAACCGCCCCAACCACCGAGAAAGUUCGUUAUCGGAGCUCCUCAUGAAUUCUUUGCUAGCAAAUGUAACCAGCCUACAAAAGUUAAUUGAAAUUCCUCAUGUUGUGAAUGUUGCUACUCAUACGUGGCUUGGUUCUAGACCAAGCAUUAGCCAUCCUGAGUUCAAUGUGGAGAGGCUUAUUGAUGUUGUUAUGAGAACUCUAAACUUUCUCAAGGUUGAAAUGGUUGUGUCCACCGAGGCGCAUAUAACCGACUGCAUUCGUUAUGGGGAUCCCGUAUAUCAGACAAUUGAUGUUAGGAAGGCCUUGGAUUUUGCCAUAGGCCAACGUAGGAUAGAGAAACGAGUCCUUGGGGCGUUGCAUUUGUAUAUUGGGAGAAAUGAGACGCUCUGGAAGUGUGUGCACCAUUCAGGGGGUCAUCCUAGUGAUUACCCACAAGAAACGUGGGACAGAGUUAAGCAAUUCCUUACUUCAUCAAGAGGGAGAUUGUUGCUUUUGGUUUCGCGUUGCAGAUUUGAAGCCUGUUUGAUUCUAAAGAGAUCGUGCCUUGAAGAGGUUGUAUUAGGGGACGUGCUUAAAAUUCUAGAGAUGAUGAUCACGGUAAAGAAAUGGAUUAUACAUCAUCAUAGUGGGUGGCGGCCGAUUACCAUUAGGCUUAAGGAGAGUAAAGGUGAUGCAGAAUGGUGUUUUUUUCAGAGUCACAACACAACAUAA